UAUAUAAGGAGGGGAAAGCAGCUCAGUGGGCAGAACCUGCAGCAUUGCAAUGGAGACUUCACAGAGGACAAGAUCAGUUAGGCCAACGUUUCCUCCAGUUUUCUUCAAAAGCUACAACAUAUCCGGACAAGGUGGAGAUGGAUUUAAUCGAUGGGUUUUACUGUGCUUGGGACUCUUGAAUGCUGUGCUGCUGAUAGUCGCUGUUGUUUUUGCGAUUAAGUGUGCCAAAGUCAAAGAGGACUCCUUGCACAUUUCCAACCCAGCUGUAACACAGCUCUUCAAUGAGCUUGACUAUCUCCGAGGCAACCACAGCGAUGUGAUCGAAGCUGAAGAGGAGGCCAAGAAGGCGUUAGAGAGCGCGAUCAACAACCACAAAGAAGUAAAGGUGAAAAUUGAGCAGCUGAAGACCGUCAAUGAUGGUUAUGAGAAACAGAUGCAAGCACUGCAAGUGGAGAAGACAAACCUAAAGUCCAACAUAUCAGUUUUAGAGAACUCUUGUGAUAAAUGCGCUCCUGGAUGGGCUCUUUUCAACUCGUCCUGCUAUUUCUUCUCUUCCACCGAGUCCUCUGCUGUCAAAAGGAACUGGCAUGAGAGCAGAGUGGACUGUGUUAGUCGUGGCUCUGACCUUGUUGUGAUUGAUAACCAACAGGAGCAGGCAUUCGUGAGUAACACCAUCAAACUUCUAAAAAACAAUCCUCAUCAGUGGGUGAAUGGAUUCUGGGUUGGUCUUACUGACAUAGCGACAGUGGGGACAUGGGUGUGGCUUAAUAAUGUCACAGAGGUGGAACAAAGGUACUGGAUGGAUGGAGAACCAAAUGUUGAGGAGGAAAAUUGUGUGAUUAUCAUUUACUCCUCCUCUAAUCCCUGGAAGACCCGCUAUGAUGGAAACUGCAAUGGGCAUAACUUAGACUGGAUAUGUGAAGUACCAUCAAGAUAUCAGCUGAUCAGCAGCCACCUUCAGCUCGGUCAGCUGAUCGAGUCGCCCGCCCAGCCUCAUGCCUCGUCAGCUGGAGGGUCCGAGGGGCCCGUCCAGCAUCACUCCUCGUUAACUGAGGGUCCUGGAGGACCCAGCCAGCACAUCCUCACAUCUGCUGAUGUGAGAAUGGAGGAGAGGAGAGAACCCACGGGUGGUAAUUUUAACGGUGGAUUUAAGGAAUUCAUUUGUGAAGAAGACUUCUACGAUGAAGAGCAUCAUCAUCAGUCUAACAGGCACCAAGUGUCCAUGUUCACUAUGAGUCCUGGGAGAUGUCACAGACUGGCUGCAGUGAGCCUGGCCCUACUCGCUGCUGUUUUGCUGAUAGUUGAUAUUGGCCUGGGAGUCCAUUAUAACAAACUCACAGAUUCUCACCUCACCCUCGAUGAUACCGAACGCAUCAGCAAAGAGCUCAUCAACCUCCAGGACACUUACAAGACUGCAGUGGAAACCAUGAAGGAUGCCAGGAAGCAGCUGGACAGUGAGAUGAGCCGUCAGACACAAACCAACUGGGAACUUGAACACCAGACAAAACGAAGCAAUGACUAUAAAAAUCAGAUGGAAAAAGUUACAAAGGAAAUUGAAGCCAUGAGAUCACGCUUGUCAAUGCAUAGCGAUGGCUGCAAACGCUGUCCUGUGGGAUGGAUUUUAAUGAACUCUGUAUGUUACUACUUCUCCUUGAAAUCAAAUGAAAUGAAAACAUGGAAGGAAUCCAGAGAUUUCUGUCAGCUGCAGGGAGGAGAUCUUAUAAUCAUAGACAGCCAAGACAAAGAGAACUCGACAGUAAAUUUCCUAAUAAAUCAUCAAGAUGCCUCCCAGCUCUCGACAGACUUCUGGAUCGGACUGAGUGAUUCCAAGGAGGAAGGGACUUGGAAAUGGUUGGAUGGAACAUUUCUUGUUCAAGGGUACUGGAACGAUGGAGAGCCGAACAAUCUCAAUGAUGAAGACUGUGCAGCCGUGUAUCCCAGAGUAAACUUCUUCAAAGCUUGGAAUGAUGUUAGAUGUGGAGUCAGAAGGAAAUGGAUUUGUGAAAAAGCACCAGAAUCCAUGAGCUAAAAUGUCUAAUAAGGCAUACAGUCUUAGAUAUGUAAACUAUCACAUAUUCUUUAAAUCAUAACACGCAUAAGGUGGUUUCACUUUGUCUUCACUUUGUUUUCUGUACCUCUCACUGUCUCUAUCGCUCUCUCUCAGCGUGUCCACCCUUUAUGUCAUGAGCACAGUUGUUGUCUGGCUGUGGUUGCAGCUAUAACUGGUAAUAUGACGACUCUUUACUGCUCCUAAUACUCCUAUUAACAUUAGCCACAGAAAUAAUCAUGACAGGAGUAUACAGGCUGGUAUUUUAAAGUAUUUCUUUAGAAAUUCUCCCCUCAGAUUACAUUCUGCUAGAAAGAUGAAACCAAGAUGAGCUUGCAACAGAAAGAUGGGAAAGAGGAAAAUAUGGAGAAGGAGAGAAAUAACUCGUGAUCCAAAGCACACAUCAUCUGUCUAACCUGGUGGAGGCAAUGUUAUAACAUGGACAUGUAUGACAGUGUAACUGUGUCCCAUCACUUACUGCGAAAGGAAACUUGGCUGCCUGUAAUAACAUGUAAUAACUAUAGAAGAUGCAUCCUUCUAUGUGUUUUGCAUUGCAUUGGGAUGCUGUCCUUUAACUCUCUGCAAAGUCAAUUAGUUACAAACCCUAGUAAACCAUGUUUCAUCAUCAUCAUCACCUUUAUUUAUAAAACAACCACAGCUGACACAAAGUGCUGUACAUUGGAACUGUAAAAUAAAAUUACAUGAAAUAUAAAU